CAGCGCUGGAAUCAGCGCGUGCGAGAAGGGCGAACAGUGGCAGUGCGCUUUGGCGCUGCUCAGCGACAUGUUGGAAGCAAAAUUGGAUCUUGACAUCAUCAGCUACAACGCUGGAGUCAGGGCGUGCGGGAAGGGUGGGCAGUGGCAGCGGGCGUUGACGCUGAUUGGGGAGAUGUGUGAGGCGAAAUUGAUGCCAGACGUCAUCAUCUACAACGCUGGAAUGAGCGCGUGCGCGAAGAGCGAGCAGUGGCAGCGGGCUGUGGCACUGCUCGGCGACAUGUGCGAAGCGAAGUUGAAGCCAGACUCAGCUACAGCGCUGGGAUCAGCGCGUGUGAGAAGGGUAAGCAGUGGCAGUGGGCUCUGGCGCUACUCAGCGAGAUGCGGGAGGCGAAGCUGGAGCCCAGCGUCAUCUUACCUACAAUGCCUGGCAUUGCCGCGUGCGAGAAGGGCGAGCAGUGGCAGCGGGCUCUCGCGCUGCUCAGCAAAAUGCGGGAGGCGGAGGUGGGCCCAGACGUCAUCAGCUACAUCGCCGCGGCCGAUGCCUGCGGGAGGGGCGGGCAGUGGCAGCAGGCGCUGCUGCUGCUGCGGGGGGCGGCAGCUGCUCGCCCGGAGCGCCACGUGCUCCUGGAGAGGGCCCUGAGCCGUGCCACGGCCGGCGCCGCGGCUGCGGCAGCCGACCUCGGCCAGGGGGCCCGCGAGGCCGCCCCUGGCGGGGCGGCCGAGCCCGUCGCCCAGCGCCGCUCGCGGAUCAUCGCCUUCGCCAUCCCAGUGGGCGCCGUGGGCCGCGUGCUGGCUGUCGCCGCCGCGAUCCAGAGGGCCAGCGGGGCGGGCGUUUCGGUGGAGUCGAACAGGCUCGAGGCCGAGGUCACGGUGAGCGGCUCCCUGGAGGCGGUGCACAGGGCGCACCGCCUAAUCAUCGGGCGCGUCCUGGCUGCGCGCCAGGGGGGUGGCCAGCCACAGCCCUAGCACCGCUCGGACGCGUGCCUUUUUCCUCGGCGAGGACCAUCAAGGAGCCUCGUGGGCCAUCUUGCGAGAAAAUACACGCGCGAAAAGCCGAAGAAUGCACGGGGAAUGGACGUCCGAGCGAUGGCGGGCAGCAGGCGGGAGCAGGUUGACCUCGGAGAGCGCGCGAUCAAAUGUAGGCAGCCUGAGCGCAGUGCGUGCCCGCUGGUGUGAGGAUUGGUGCCGAGAUCAGGCAACACAAAAGCCGGCGGGAGCAUGGUGCUCCCAUGCUGGCAGUUCUGGAGAGGGCCUCGCCCUCGGCGCAGCUCGCCGUCGGCGCAUCUCGCUCUCGACGUAGGCCAGCGGGGGGCUGGCGGGAGGGAGAUGCCGGCGGGUCCGGGGGCAGAGGGUGGCAG